ACUUACGUACAAUUUUAAUAAGCAAUUCCCAUUCCAGUCGUUCGUCAAUAUAUUCUAUCAAGUUACUUCGAGUGGCGCAGUCGAAUACCAAUAUAAUUAUAUUUAAUGAAAAGUUUUAGUGAUUGAUUGGUAACUGAGUGAUCUAAGAUUUUACACCUAAAUAAGUGUACGUAAAGUAAUUGGUACCUAAAUAAGUGUUGAACGACAAAAUAUCAAAAUUUUUGUUAUAAAUUUAACCAAAAAAUGGCGUUAAGCAAAAUUAUAGUGUUCAUCCGGACAUAUAUAGACAUGUUUAUAGACUUUGUGUUCGGAUUGUAUUGGGAGGGGAAACGGCGACCCAUCCCGGAUUUGGAAAAGAAGCACAGAUUCCUGUCAGACAGUGCUGUGUCGCUUGCAGCCAAAAUUAGAAAUAGGGAGUUGAAGUCUGAGGAGCUGGUCAACGCUUGUAUUGAACGGAUAAAAAUAGUGAAUCCGAUCAUUAAUGCAGUCACUGACGAACGUUUUGAGGACGCCCUGAAGGAGGCUCGUGAGAUUGACCUGCAAAUUGCUGGAGGCCUACCCAAAGACUACUUUGAGGGGCGCCCAUUUUUAGGCGUCCCGUUCACUGUGAAGGAAUGCACUGCAGUCCAAGGCAUGCUGAUCACUAUCGGAUUGAUCUCCCGUCGUCACACACGCGCUGAUGAGGACUCGGAGUGUGUCCGGCUUUUACGACAAGCUGGUGCUAUACCAUUGGCUGUCACCAACGUGCCUGAAGGUCUACUAUGGCAAGAAUCCCGUAACAUGUUGUACGGUCAGACCAAGAACCCGUACCACACUGGUAGGACCACCGGGGGCUCCAGCGGCGGCGAGGGAGCCCUAUGCGCGGCCCUAGGCUCGCCCAUAUCUCUAUGUUCUGACCUCGGCGGUUCAACCCGUAUGCCUGCGAUGUACUGUGGCUUGUACGCGCUGAACCCCACCGCGGGUCACACCAAUUUGAAAGGACUGGCCAUGAGAACUGGGAAGGAACCCACUAUGGGCGCGAUCGGCUUCGUCUCCAAACAUUGUGAGGAUCUGGCGCCGUUGACCAAAAUCGUGGCUGGCGACAAGGCCAGGGAACUGAAUCUUGAUAGACGUGUCGAUGUCAAGAACAUCAAAGUUUAUUAUGUUGAGUCGACCCAAGAUCCACUUGUGAGCCCCAUCAGCGCAGAAUUGAGGCAGACCAUGAAAAAGGCCAUAACCACACUAUCGGAUGUAUCUUCACACCCACCCAAACAAUACUACCACGAGGGUUUCAACCACAUGUUCACACUAUGGAAGUACUGGAUGACGAAGGAACCAGAGAAGUUCAGAUGGUUCGUCAAGAACAAUCGUGAGGAAGCCAAUGGAUGGGUUGAGUUGGCUAAGAAGCUUGUAGGACAAUCUGAGCACACGAUCUCUGCCAUUUUGAAAGUACUGGAUGAUCAAAUAAUGCCGGUGGCGGACGCGAAGUGGGCAGAAUCGAUGACAAGCGACACGAAGAAUGAUAUAGUGCGCACACUAGGCGCAGACGGCGUGUUAUUGUUCCCCAGCGUAUCCCACGUGGCUCCCUACCACUACUCCCUGCUGCUGCGACCCUACCAGGCCUCCCACUGGAGCGUCUUCAACGCACUGCAACUGCCUUCAGCUCAGGUACCACUCGGUCUGAAUAAGGAUGGCAUUCCACUAGGCAUCCAAGUGGUAGCGGCUCCGAAGCAAGAGUCAUUAUGUCUAGCAGUGGCAGACUACCUCGGCAAGCAGAUAGGUGGAUACGUACCACCUUGUAAGAUAAACCAGUGAUUGACAAGCCGCCAUUUUGUAUAUUGUCGUCCAUUUUAGUGGUGCUGCAGUUAGAAGGACCAUAAUAAUUCAAUGCAAGGCGAGGCAAAUUGUGAAAAGAUAAUAAAGAGCUAAAUGUUAUAUUGAAAAGUUAUAUUGAAUUAUGAACUCUUGAUUAUGAAAUUAUAUUGAACUAUGAACUUUUUAGACAAUAUUGCAUGUGUAUAACUAUUUAUGUACCUACAAUUAUAUGUA